CAGAGUUCACUGGGCGGAUUCUCACCCUGUCACCAGAAAGUGGACUAUCUGGGUCUUCAUGAAAGAUGCUGUGAUUUUGAAAUCAGGUCACCUGGAGCCUGGGGCUACCCCAGCCCUCUCAGGGCAGACUUCGGAAGUGAAAGAGACAGUGGUGGUCAAUGUUAUUUGAGCUGGGUCAGCAGGCCCUGGAACUUCCUGAGUGCACGAUGCAGAAGGCUGCUUACUAUGAAAACCCAGGACUCUUCGGAGGCUAUGGCUACAGCAAGGAGACCUAUGGCUAUGGCACCCCCCAUCAGCCUUACCCACCCCCUGCUGCUGCCAGCUCCCUGGACACUGAUUACCCGGGCUCUGCCUGUUCUAUCCAGAGUUCCGCACCUCUGAGAGCCCCAGCCCACAAAGGAACUGAACUCAAUGGCAGCUGUAUGAGGCCUGGCACUGGGAACAGCCAGGGUGGGGGUGGUGGUAGCCAGCCUCCUGGCCUGAACUCAGAGCAGCAACCACCACAACCCCCUCCUCCGCCACCAACCCUGCCCCCAUCCUCGCCCACCAAUCCUGGAGGAGGAGUGCCUGCCAAGAAGGCCAAGAGUGGGCCCAAUGCUUCUGGCUCCUCAGCCACCAUCAGCAAGCAGAUCUUCCCCUGGAUGAAAGAGUCCCGACAGAACUCCAAGCAGAAGAACAGCUGUGCAACUGCAGGAGAGAGCUGCGAGGAUAAGAGCCCGCCGGGCCCGGCGUCCAAGCGGGUGCGCACGGCAUACACCAGUGCACAGCUGGUGGAGCUGGAGAAGGAAUUCCACUUCAACCGCUACUUGUGCCGGCCGCGCCGCGUGGAGAUGGCCAACCUGCUGAACCUCACCGAGCGCCAGAUCAAGAUCUGGUUCCAGAACAGGCGCAUGAAGUACAAGAAGGACCAGAAGGCCAAGGGCAUCCUGCAUUCGCCGGCAGGUCAGUCCCCGGAGCGCAGCCCGCCGCUGGGCAGCGCCGCCGGCCACGUGGCCUACUCCGGCCAGCUCCCGCCCGUGCCCGGCCUGGCCUACGACGCGCCCUCGCCGCCCGCCUUCGCCAAAUCUCAGCCCAACAUGUACGGCCUGGCCGCCUACACGGCGCCGCUCAGCAGCUGCCUGCCACAGCAGAAGCGCUACGCGGCGCCCGAGUUCGAGCCCCACCCCAUGGCAAGCAACGGCGGCGGCUUCGCCAGCGCCAACCUGCAGGGCAGCCCGGUGUACGUGGGUGGCAACUUCGUCGACUCCAUGGCGCCCGCGUCCGGGCCCGUCUUCAACCUGGGCCACCUCUCUCACCCGUCUUCGGCCAGCGUGGACUACAGCUGUGCCGCGCAGAUUCCCGGCAACCAUCACCAUGGACCGUGCGACCCUCAUCCCACCUACACAGAUCUCUCGGCCCACCACUCGUCUCAGGGACGCCUGCCCGAGGCCCCCAAACUGACGCAUCUGUAGCGGCCGCCGCCGGCCGGAACUCGCGGCGCUAUUACCUCUUUUGCUUUGGUGGCGGGGGUGGCGGGCGGGGCCCGCGGGGUAGCUCGGUGACCCCCCUCCCUCGCCCUGGCCCGGUCGCCGCCUCCCGGAUCUCGGGCCAACAGCGGCCGAGACGCAGGCGACUGGGCCUCCCCUCCAGGCGCUCCCUCCUUUGGGUGACUCGCCAUAAAUCAGCCGCACGGAUUCUCCUCUGUAACCCUGACAGUGCCAUAUACUGCGGACCGAGGGACUCUAAUCUGGUAAUGGUGUCCCGAAGGUAAGUCUGAGAUCCAUCCGCGGCGCGCUGUGCAGAGGGACCAGCGCCCGGACAGCCCCGGGCCUGGCCCGAGUCUAGCUUAGUUGCGGAGACCUUAAUUUAUAUGCUCCUUCCUGUCCCGUAAGGAUUGCAACGGACUCAACGAUCUGUAUUUAUUAUUUGAAGCGAGUCAUUUCGUUUCUUUCCCUGAUUAUUUAUCCUCGUCUUAAUGUAUUUAUGUGUAUAUUUGUAGAAUUCUCCAGCCAAGCUUAGGAACGCGCUCCCAGGCCGCGUGGGCCACGUUUCACCUCUUUAGUCCCCUUGGUCUGAACUAGUUGAGAGAGUAGUUUUUGAACAGUUGUAACCGUGGCUGGUGUUUGUAGUUGAUGUAAAGGAUUAAGACCGCAAAUUGUCCUUUCAUGGGUAGAAUCAGGCGGCCCCGCGGCGUGGCACCACACCCAGUUACUCAUUUCUGAACAGCCGCAGCCCCUCACCACUCGACACAGUUUAUUGAUUUCAAAUUGUCUGGUACUAUUUGAACAAAUAUUUAGAAUAAAAAAAUUUCUCAGUCCGAAGUGUAUCUGUGUUAAUCACGCACACUUGGAAGUAGAUCACUUUGCCUUUUAUCUUUCGCACAAUCCCAACAGAAGGCCCCCAAAUAGGCUGACUCUUUGAUAUAUAUAUAUAUCUAUUUUUCCAUUAUUUGGAAUCUGUACACGAGCUGGUUCUGGGGAUACUGAUUACACUGCAGCAUUGACCUGAGGGUUGGAGGGGGGGGUGGGAAUCUGAGGAUGCAAGCCUAGAAACAUCCUGGAUGGGGUAAUUUGGGUAGGGCUUUGUGCUCUGCCUGCUGUGCUGUUUCCAUCACCCUCUUUUUAGACACAAAUCGACUUUUUUUAGAUUGCAUUUACAUUGGGGAGGCCAGCGCUCACUUUUCUGCGCUAAUAACAAAAUAAACCUUAAAAGAAAACUGACAAUCAAAGAAAAGACACAAGUAAAGUUGUAGGAAGAUCUGAGUUAUGAAAAAGCUAAGGUGCACAAAAAGAAACGGUCAUUUGUAGACACGCACCUAAGCUUUUUCUUUAGGAAAUGCUGUCAGGACUUUUUCCUUUUUAAUGGUUGGUGGUUCAUUUCUAAAGUAAACAAACGUUGCCCCACGAUGUAAAGUAAUAAAAGUUUCAUUAAUGGAACAUAAAAAGUAUAAACACCUUGUUUAUUCCUGUUUCUUUGUACAAAACGGGCAAAAAUGUCUUCAAGUGUUUAUAUCCAUUUUGUAAAUAUUAGCAUGGCUUUAGCCAGGGGCGGACAACGUCCACCCACUUCUCUAUAAGGAGACACUUGGAAAGCGCCUUCAGAUAAGGUUCGAUUCUUUUGUAUUUCAGCAACGUCGGCCCACGCAUCUCUAUUUGGUUUGACAAAUAAUGCAACUCCUACUACAUCCCCCGGUGACACGAGGUGAAAUUCCCAUUGUGUGCAAAUAAUUAACUUCUGAUCUUCUGGUGGAACAACAAUCGUUUCUAUUUGGAUGUUUGUGUUUUCGCUAAAUGAUGGCUCAAAUAAUAUUUAGUUCCUUGUUCCUUUGUGCUGUUUUUUUAAAAUGGCAUGUUAGAUUGGGGGUGGGAGGGGGCUAUUCUUUUGCUCAAUUUUCACUUUAUCUGAGCAGGUUUAGGGUAUCCAUGUUGUAGAAGUGUAUCAACAGAAUAAAUGACUUCAACUGAAGGGAUAUUUUACCCACUUCCAAGGCUUAACAUUGUUUUCUAUGAGAUUUGCAUCCAUAGGCAGAAUUUCUAAUUGUCUUGUAAGAAAUUAUUUUUUAAGCUAUUAGGGAAGUCGAAGAAGAGCUUGCUGCCUUGCAGGGAUUACAACAACCUUUCUUAACUGGCGAAAUAUUAAAUAGAUGAAUUAUCAGGCUGUUUAGAUUCAGCCCGGUUUUUCCCUCAUCUCCUCUUCCUACCAUAAAUAAUAAUAAAAAUACAUAAUGCAUUAUGGCUCCAGGCGUUUUUCCAGCGCGGUGUGUUACCGCAGGAGUUAUCUGCUGAGUCUGCGGGUGUCUGCGAAGGCCCCAAGUGUCAUCUGCGGCUUAGGGUUUCAUGGAUUAGACUUUAAACGGUGUCUGGCCGGCUGACAUCAGCUUCCCUCUCACACCGAGGCUCCAAAGAAGUGUGGGGUUGGGGGCCCGGAGGCGCCCUCUCUCGUGGGGUGGGGAG